UUGGAAACUAGCACGCGCUACUUUUGGCAGCCAUGGCCUGGCAAAGCAACUCUAAAAUUCCCGACGGUGAGUUCACGGCCGUGGUCUACCGGCUCAUCCGCGACUCCCGCUACUCAGAGGCAGUGCAGCUGCUGGCCGCCGAGCUGCAGAGGAGCCCCCGCAGCCGCGCCGGGCUGUCGCUGCUGGCCUACUGCUACUACCGCCUGCAGGAGUUCGAGCUCGCUGCAGAGUGCUAUGAGCAGCUCAGCCAGAUGCACCCGGAACUCGAACAGUACCGCCUCUACCAGGCUCAGGCGCUGUACAAGGCCUGCUUGUAUCCCGAGGCCACGCGGGUCGCCUUCCUCCUGGACAACCCCACCUAUCAGACUCGCGUCCUUCGUCUCCAGGCUGCUAUCAAGUACAGCGAGGGCGACCUGCCAGGAGCCAGGAGCCUGGUGGAGCAGCUCCUGAGUGGGGAAGCUGGAGAAGACAGUGGAGGGGAGAAUGACCCAGAUGGUUUGGUCAACAUGGGUUGUCUGCUCUACAAGGAGGGACACUAUGAAACUGCCUGUUCCAAGUUCUUUGCAGCCCUGCAGGCUUGUGGCUACCAGCCUGAUGUAUCUUACAACCUGGCUUUAGCUUGUUACAGCAACAGGCACUAUGCCCCAGCUCUGAAGCAUAUCGCCAACAUCAUUGAGAGAGGCAUCCGUCAGCACCCAGAGCUAGGUGUGGGCAUGACCACCGAAGGCAUUGAUGUCCGAAGUGUUGGCAACACCGUAGUCCUUCACCAGACGGCACUGGUCGAAGCCUUCAACCUCAAGGCAGCUAUUGAGUACCAACUGAGAAACUACGAGGCGGCCCAGGAAGCCCUCACUGACAUGCCGCCCAGGGCAGAGGAAGAGUUGGACCCUGUGACCCUGCACAACCAGGCUCUGAUGAACAUGGAUGCCAGACCUACGGAGGGGUUUGAGAAGCUCCAGUUCCUGCUGCAGCAGAACCCCUUUCCCCCAGAGACCUUCGGCAACCUGCUGCUGCUCUACUGUAAAUAUGAGUACUUUGACCUGGCAGCUGAUGUCCUGGCAGAGAAUGCCCACUUGACGUACAAGUUCCUCACGCCCUAUCUCUAUGACUUCUUGGAUGCCAUGAUCACUUGCCAGACAGCUCCCGAAGAGGCUUUCGUAAAGCUGGACGGGCUAGCUGGCAUGCUGACUGAGCAGCUCAGGAGACUCACCAAACAAGUGCAGGAAGCAAGACACAACAGAGAUGAUGAAAUUGUCAUAAAGGCCGUGAAUGAAUACGAUGAAACUCUCGAGAAGUAUAUCCCUGUCCUCAUGGCCCAAGCAAAAAUCUACUGGAAUCUUGAAAACUAUCCCAUGGUGGAGAAGAUCUUCCGCAAAUCUGUGGAAUUCUGCAAUGACCAUGAUGUGUGGAAGCUGAAUGUGGCCCACGUCCUCUUCAUGCAGGAAAACAAGUACAAAGAGGCCAUUGGCUUCUAUGAGCCCAUCGUCAAGAAGAACUACGACAACAUCCUGAGCGUCAGCGCCAUUGUCCUAGCCAACCUCUGUGUCUCCUACAUCAUGACAAGUCAGAAUGAGGAAGCCGAGGAACUGAUGAGGAAGAUUGAGAAGGAGGAAGAACAACUCUCCUAUGGUGACCCAGACAAGAAAAUCUACCACCUCUGCAUUGUGAACUUGGUAAUAGGAACACUCUACUGUGCCAAAGGAAACUAUGACUUUGGUAUCUCCAGGGUUAUCAAGAGCCUGGAGCCUUACCAUAAAAAGCUAGGAACUGAUACGUGGUAUUAUGCCAAAAGAUGCUUCCUGUCCUUGCUAGAAAACAUGUCAAAACACACGAUCAUGCUGAGGGACACAGUUAUUCAAGAAUGUGUCCAGUUUCUAGAGCACUGUGAAAUUUUUGGCAGAAACAUCCCUGCUGUUAUAGAACAGCCUUUGGAGGAAGAGAGAAUGCACAUUGGGAAGAAUACAGUCACGUAUGAGUCCAGACAGUUGAAAGCUUUGAUUUAUGAGAUCAUAGGGUGGAAUAUGUAGUUACUUUUGAAAAGGUCAUUAGA